GUUCUGGGCUGAGGGAGGGACAGGAUCUGACUUAAACAAAGGUUUAACAGGAUCUCUCUGAUUACUGAGUUACGAGUAGAAUGUUGUAGGGCAAGAAAAGAGGGAAUCUGAACGUGAGGAGACUCCUUCAGGAAGCCAGAUAAGGCAUGCUACAGGCUGGGCCCAUGUCAGUGGUCUGGUCGGGAGGUGGUAGCAGAGGGGACGUAUUUGAAGUCAGAUCUGCCAGGAUCACCAUGUGGCAUGAGGGAAAGAGAGGACUCAAGACUGACUCCUACGUUUUGGGGCCAACCAGCUGCAAUGAACGGAGAACAGAGGGUCUCCAUAUCUGGCCCAGGAAGUGGGAAACUUGGGGUCAAGUCUCAGCUCUGUCACCCUCCUGCUUGGUGACCUUGAAGGAACCCCUUCUCCCUUCUGGGCCUCGGCGCCUGCUCCUGUACAACAGGGAGCCCGUGCUGGUGGCCGCCAUGGCGUCGCGCAUCGGGCUGCGUAUGCAGCUCAUGCGGGAGCAGGCGCAGCAGGAGGAGCAGCGGGAGCGCAUGCAGCAGCAGGCCGUCAUGCAUUACAUGCAGCAGCAGCAGCAGCAGCAGCAGGCGCUGGGCGGGCCGCCCACUCCAGCCAUCAGCACCCCCGUCCACUUCCAGUCUCCGCCACCUGUGCCAGGGGAGGUCCUGAAGGUGCAGUCCUACCUGGAGAACCCCACCUCCUACCACCUGCAGCAGUCCCGGGACCAGAAGGUGCGGGAGUACCUGUCCGAGACCUACGGGAACAAGUUUGCCGCCCACAUCAGCCCGGCCCAGGGCUCUCCAAAGCCCCUGCCGGCGGCCUCCCCAGGGGUGCGGGCUGGGCAUGUGAUGUCUUCCUCAGCUGGCAACAGUGCUCCCAACAGCCCCAUGGCCAUGCUGCACAUCGGCUCCAACCCCGAGAGGGAGUUUGAUGUCAUUGACAAUAUUAUGUGUCUGGAUGAUGUCCUGGGCUUCAUCAACCCUGAAACUCAGAUGCCCAACACGUUGCCCCUGUCUAGCAGCCGCCUGAACGUGUACAGUGGUGACCCCCAGGUCACUGCCUCCCUGGUGGGAGUCACCAGCAGCUCCUGCCCUGCCGACCUGACCCAGAAGCGAGAGCUUACAGAUGCCGAGAGCCGGGCCCUGGCCAAGGAGCGGCAGAAGAAAGACAAUCACAACCUAAUUGAACGGAGGCGGAGGUUCAACAUCAAUGACCGGAUCAAGGAGCUGGGAAUGCUGAUCCCCAAGGCCAACGACCUGGACGUGCGCUGGAACAAGGGCACCAUCCUCAAGGCCUCUGUCGACUACAUCCGGCGGAUGCAGAAGGACCUGCAGAAGUCCCGGGAGCUCGAGAACCACUCUCGGCGCCUGGAGAUGACCAACAAGCAGCUCUUGCUCCGCAUCCAGGAGCUGGAAAUGCAAGCUCGAGUCCAUGGCCUGCCCACCACCUCGCCGUCGGGCAUGAAUAUGGCUGAGCUGGCCCAGCAGGUGGUGAAGCAGGAGCUGCCCAGUGAGGAGGGCCCCGGGGAGGCCCUGCUAUUGGAGGCCGAGGUCCCGGAUCCUGAGCCGCUGCCGGUUCUGCCCCCCCAGGCCCCGCUGCCCCUGCCAGCCCAGCCACCUCAGCCGCCGUCCCCAUUCCACCACCUGGACUUUAGCCAUAGCCUGAGCUUUGGGGGUGGGGGCGAUGAAGGGCCCCCAGUCUAUCCCGAGCCUCUGGGGCCAGAGCAUGGCUCCCCGUUCCCCAACUUGUCCAAGAAGGAUCUGGACCUCAUGCUCCUGGACGACUCACUGCUACCACUGGCCUCUGACCCUCUCUUCUCCACCAUGUCCCCUGAGGCCUCCAAGGCCAGUAGCCGCCGGAGCAGCUUCAGUAUGGAGGAGGGCGAUGUGCUGUGACUCGGGCGGCCGCCAUGCUGGGGAACAGGGGCAGACCUGGGGGCUGGGAGGGCCGGGGCCACCUCCCUCCCACUCCUUGGGCUGCUCUGUGUGUGACGUAGCCAACUGCCCUGCCUCACUUCUUCCUGUUGGCCCCCUGUUUGGACUUUUGGACUUAGUGCCUGCUUGGCAGCCUGUGGGGGCAGGCUCAGUACCUACCCGGCUCAGUACUCCCCAGGGAUCGCCCUCUUGAUGGGGCUGGGUCUGAGUAGGCCUUCAGCCCAGGUCCUGGAGGCGAAAUCAUGAGGGGAAGGGAGGGGACAGGUGUGCUAGGGGUAAGAAGAGGUCCUGGGAGGGUUCUGUCUUCUGGAUCUGAUCCCGCCCCUGCUCGUGAAGGACAUGUGAGAGCAAGGGGGUUCAGGAAGUUCCUUCUCCGAGGCAGCGACCGGCCCAGGGGGUGCCCAGGCCUGCCUUUCUGGGACUCAGAUGGCCACAAGUCUGCCCUCCAGCCUGGCACCCCCACCCCCCUUUGGUGCUAACAGCUCUCUACCAGGUGGUGUGAGGGCGGGGGUGGCCGGAAGAGGGGGCGCUGGGUUCCUGUUCGAGCGUGGGGUCACUGCUGGAAGAGCACCUCUCUCCGGGCUCCCCACUUUGUGCCUUUAGUAAACACUGUGCUUUGUA